UUUAAAAUAUUUACAUUUUUUUUAAAAACACCUUAUUUUUUCAUGGAUGCUAAUUAAGAGCCAUGGAGUAUUAGUACUUAUACAACAAAACUACCCUUUUCAUAAUUCAAAUGAGUGGAAAAGGGAAAGUUCUCAAAAUAGCAAGACUAAGUUAGAAGAAGAUUUGUGCUAGAGUACAAGUUUUCAUUAUUAUCUGUAUAAAUAUGGGAAAUAAAAUGUCAACUGGAUCAGCGAUAAUUCCAGAAGGUGUUGGAAGUGUAGUUUAUGAUCAACAAGGGAUGAAACAUAAUCAUCAAAUCAAAUCUGGGUCUGUCCAUUCCCAACGAGGUGGUAAACCUGUUAACCAAGAUUCAGCUGUUCUUUGUCAGGGUUAUGGAUCAGAAGAAGGUAUCCUUUCUGGAGUAUUUGACGGCCAUGGAAAAAAGGGUCAUUUAGUGAGUAAGGCUAUCAAAACUAGGUUGCCAUUGCUACUACUUGAUCAUAAGAAUAAGGCUUCGUCCAGUCAUCAGCUGAAUUGUGAGGAUGAAUCUGAUGAAAGUCAUUUGAAAGACCAGAGUUGUUCGUCACCAAAUAGAAAUAGGUUACUACUUCAAUGGAAGGAGGCUUUUUUCAAUGCUUUCAAACAAAUGGAUGAAGAGAUUAAAAUGGUGGAAAAAGUUGACUACUCUUUUAGUGGAAGUACUGCUGUUGUUGCUCUCAAACAGGGUAAUGAUCUUCUAAUUGCUAAUCUUGGGGAUUCAAGGGCUAUACUAGGAGUUAGAGGAGAAAAUGGAGUUAAAGCAGUUCAACUAACCACAGAAUUAAAGCCUGGUACACCAGAGGAAGCUAAAAGAAUAAGAAGGUACAAUGGUAGGGUGUUUUCCCUAAGGGAUGAACCAGGUGUUCCGCGAGCAUGGCUACCUCAUGCUCAGAGUCCAGGGAUGGCCAUGUCACGAUCCUUUGGCGACUUGGUCAUGAAACAUUAUGGAAUCAUCUCUACUCCGGUUAUCACCCAUCAUCACAUAACUUCUAACGAUUUGUUUAUCUUGCUUGCUACCGAUGGAGUUUGGGAUGUGCUUAGCAACGAGGAGGUUGUGUCGAUUGUAAGGGGUGUAGAGGACGAAAAGAUGGCAGCGAAAGCUGUUGUGGACGCGGCUGUGGCAGCAUGGAAGAUCAAGAUUCCGUGUGAUAAGCGCGAUGAUUGUACUGCUGUUUGCUAUUUUCUACUGAAGAAGGAUCAGACACAAGCAGAACUGGUAUCUUGAAUGAUGAGGUAUUUGUUGUUCUUAUAACAAAGCUCAAGUGGUCUCAUCGUAAGGUGAUUUGGACUCGAAUCGAGGAACUCUUAGGAGAUUCUUCCUGCUCAUUUUCUGAGGAUAAGCAAGAUUCAAAGAUUGGGGUACAAUAUUGAAGGAUUUGGCUUAGAAUCAAAGGAAAGGUACCUUAGAUUAGAGGGGUUGUGGAUGUGCAUGGUGGGAAUGGAUUGUAGUUAGAUCUUGUGGAAAAAUAUAACAAUGUAUGUUGCUGGGUUUUCUUUCUUACUUUUUUUUUUCUUGCGGUAUAACCAUGAUCAUGGAAUUAGACCUUGGAAAAAUUGAUUCGAAACUCAACCGAAAAA